CGGGAAGCAACCUCGGCUUAGUCUUUCAUUGGAGGAAAAGAAAAAGAAAGGGUGAAAGGCGAGACGAAAACGCUCAUAUCUGUCUUCGCCUCUCAGCCUCCAGCCAACAUGAUCCACAGCCUGUUCCUGAUUAACGCCUCCGGAGACAUUUUCCUGGAGAAGCACUGGAAGAGCGUGGUCAGCCGCUCCGUGUGCGACUACUUCUUCGAGGCGCAGGAACGCGCCACCGAGCCGGAGAACGUCCCGCCAGUGAUCCCCACGCCGCAUCACUACCUUAUCAGUGUGCUCAGGCAUCGCAUCUACUUUGUUGCAGUCAUCCAGAGUGAGGUGCCGCCGCUGUUCGUCAUCGAGUUUCUGCACAGAGUCGUCGACACGUUCCAGGACUAUUUUGGAGUGUGUACAGAGGCUGCUAUUAAGGACAAUGUGGUAGUGGUCUAUGAACUGCUGGAGGAGAUGCUGGACAACGGCUUUCCACUGGCGACAGAGUCCAACAUCCUCAAAGAGCUCAUAAAGCCUCCCACCAUCCUCCGCACGAUGGUCAACACCAUCACAGGCAGCACCAAUGUAGGUGAACAGCUCCCUACAGGCCAGCUGUCAGUGGUGCCAUGGCGACGCACCGGAGUCAAAUACACCAACAAUGAGGCCUACUUCGACGUGGUGGAGGAGAUCGAUGCUAUCAUCGAUAAAUCAGGCUCCACCAUUACAGCAGAAAUUCAGGGAGUUAUUGAUGCCUGUGUAAAACUGACAGGCAUGCCCGACCUCACUCUCUCAUUCAUGAAUCCUCGGCUGCUGGAUGAUGUCAGCUUCCACCCGUGUGUUCGGUUCAAGCGCUGGGAAGCUGAGCGGAUCCUCUCCUUCAUACCCCCUGAUGGAAACUUCCGGUUGCUCUCCUACCACGUCAGCUCUCAGAACCUGGUGGCGAUCCCAGUGUACGUCAAGCACAACAUCACCUUCCGAGAGGGAAGCUCCCAGGGACGUUUUGACUUGACUCUGGGACCCAAGCAGACGAUGGGCAAGGCCGUGGAGUCGGUCCUAGUCAGCAGCCAGCUGCCCCGGGGCGUCCUGAACGCCAACCUCAACUCCUCCCAGGGAACUUACACCUUUGAUCCAGUCACAAAGAUGUUGACAUGGGAUGUUGGCAAGAUCAACCCACAGAAGCUUCCCAGUCUUAAAGGCACCAUGAGCCUGCAGGCCGGGGCCUCCAAACCUGACGAGAACCCCACCAUCAACAUCCAGCUCAAGAUCCAACAGAUGGCCAUCUCAGGGCUGAAGGUGAACCGACUGGACAUGUACGGGGAGAAGUAUAAACCUUUUAAAGGCAUCAAAUACAUGACGAAGGCUGGCAAGUUCCAGGUGCGGACAUAAAGACUACUGCCCUGUGACCACUGGACCAAACCACCAUGAGACUGAGGGGCGAUGUGACGGGGGGGAAAGGGGAGUUGGUGCAUUCCCUGUGUAUAUGCAUUUCAGGAUUUAACAAAAAAGGAGGCUCCAUGUAGCAGUUAAGAACGGACCAUUGCGCAUUGAAUCCUCUGUAAGUAAAAAGCUUCAGGAGAGUUUGAACCUCAGGCCAAACCCAACUCGCCUCAAUUCAGAUUUUCACUAAUAGUUUUAAUCUUGAGCCCAAAUCAAACUUAAAGCAGUUACAUGAGACGUUUUUGACGGUUUGUGUCAAUACAGGCUUCAUCAACUUCAAACAUUUCAAACUCUAACAAUCAACAGACCAAAAUCUGAUGCUGUACCGUUCCUGCUGUAGGUUUCCUCCCACCUCUCAACACUAUAUUUCAUUGUCUAUGGCAUGCUUGUCUGGAAAGAUGUAUGCUUGUGACUGUUUUCAAACUCCAAACAAGAUAUAUGGGAUAUUGGCCCAAUACUAUAUCAAAAUAGAGCCUAUACUUUAAUAACUAAAGAUAGAGCGAUGUGUAUGGAAUGGCAGAAAUUCUGUGUUUUUCCAUGUGAACGGACCUCUGUAAGAUAAAACAAUUGCAUUGUCUUACAGCACAUAUAUAAUACACAAGACUGAAGAAAGGAACUAGUGCAUUUGAUCUGGUGAAUAUACUGUUACAGCCUAAACUGUAAUUUUUUAAAUUAUAAAUCAGUAGGAAAAAAAAAAAAAUGUAAGUAAAAAUUACCUUUUAUUUUCCCCAAAACCUGUUCCUGAAUUUAAUAUAACAUGCGCUACUUUUCUCUGAUCCUCUGAGUCCUUAUUGCAACCUACCAAUGGAAAUUGAUAUGACUGUAUUUCAUUUCAUACUUCCUUUCUCUCCUCUCCAGUUCUUUUUUCUUCUAAAUUUCAUUUCUAGCAUUCAUCUGUUUUCUGUUUGCGUUCCUGUUUGCUCUGUUCUUGUGCUCCUCUUCUCCUCGCUUCAAUAGUUUGAUCAUUUCGUCUGCAGCACUGGAGUCCGCACACUGACAUACGAGAAUGUGACACUGGAGCCGUCCUCAAUCGUGCACUUUAACAUCUGCUGGUACUAACAUUUCCUUUUAAUGCAAGUGAGAUGCAUGUAGAGUGACUUAAGCUGUUCUAGCUAUUUAUUACUAUAAAGGUUUCUGGGAGAAUUUCAGAUACAUUUCCACCUGUUUUUAUUCUACUUUAAUUAUUAUUUAUUAAUCAAAACGAAGGAUCCAUUUGCUAAAGUAAUGUCUUGUGUUACAGUGACUUUUGUUUCUGAAUUCUGCCAUUAAAUUCUUCUUUCAAAGCUUUAACUCUACAGGAGCUUGUCAUUAACCAUAUUAUGACCAAACAGUAUCAGUUUUUGUUCUCAACAUAAAGAAACAUGGCCAAGAAUAAUAUUUUAAACCCUAUCAAUGUGGUGCUUAACACUGGUCCAAAUUAUCCCAAAUUAUUUUCUCAGUGCAUCUUAAUAUAUAUUUAAAACGACUCCAAAUAAACAGAAUUUAUUAAACCAUGUAUUAUGUUAUAAUGGCCAGGUACCUCAGAGGAAAUGUUGCAUUUUGUGUUUACAGCAUUUUGUUUGUGUGUUUGUUAAACAGCCUCCAAUGGAGUGUGACACUGGUGAAAAAAUAAAGAUUUGA